AUGUCAGCUACAGACGUUUUAUCAAGAAAGUCCGGUGUCCUUUACGGGGAUGAUGUCCGUCAAUUAUUCUUAUACGCACAAAAGAAGGGAUUUGCUAUUCCAGCUAUUAAUGUCACUUCUUCUUCUACAGUUGUUUCUGCUUUAGAAGCUGCUAGAGAUGCUAAGUCUCCAAUCAUCUUGCAAACUUCUCAAGGUGGUGCUGCAUACUUUGCUGGUAAGGGUGUUGACAACAAGAACCAAGAAGCUUCUAUUCAAGGUUCAAUUGCUGCUGCUCACUACAUCAGAGCCAUUGCUCCAGCAUACGGUAUUCCAGUUGUUUUACACACUGACCACUGUGCUAAGAAAUUAUUACCAUGGUUCGAUGGUAUGUUAAAGGCUGAUGAAGAAUUCUUCAACAAGACCGGUGAACCAUUGUUCUCAUCUCACAUGUUGGAUUUAUCUGAAGAAUCCGAUGAAGAAAACAUUGGAACCUGUGUCAAGUACUUCGAAAAGAUGCACAAGAUGGGUCAAUUCUUAGAAAUGGAAAUCGGUAUCACCGGUGGUGAAGAAGAUGGUGUCAACAACGAAAAUGUCCAACAAGAUUCUUUGUACACCUUGCCAGAAACCGUCUACAAGGUUUACGAAGCAUUGAGCCCAAUUGGACCAAACUUCUCCAUUGCUGCUGCUUUCGGUAACGUUCAUGGUGUCUACAAGCCAGGUAACGUCCAAUUGAGACCAUCUAUCUUAGGUGACCAUCAAAAAUACGCCAAGCAAAAGUCCGGUUCUUCUACUGAUACCCCAUUAUUCUUGGUUUUCCACGGUGGUUCUGGUUCUUCCCAAGCCGAUUUCGACGAAGCCAUUUCUCAUGGUGUUGUUAAGGUUAACUUAGAUACUGAUUGUCAAUACGCAUACUUGACUGGUAUCCGUGACUACGUCUUAAACAAGAAGGAUUACCUUAUGUCUCCAGUCGGUAACCCAGAUGGUGAAGACAAACCAAACAAGAAGUACUUUGACCCAAGAGUCUGGGUUAGAGAAGGUGAAAAGACUAUGUCUGCUAGAAUCACUGAAGGUUUAGAAAUCUUCCACACCAAGGGUCAACUCUAA